AUGCCGGCGCUCAUCUGUAUGCAGCCAAAGGCCGCCGUGUACGUCGCAGCUACACGGCAGCACGCGGGAAAGACGAGCACGUGUUUAGGACUCCUGCAAGGACUGACCUCUCGAAUGGACCGUAUUGGCUUUUUCAAGCCCGUGGGUCAAGAAAGCGUUAUGGUCGAGGGCGGCUCCAGGCGCGUGGAUAAAGACGUGGCCGUGGCAAAAGAGGUGUUUAAGCUCAAGACGUGUAGAUACAGCGACAUGUCCCCCGUCGUGAUCGUGCCUGGCUACACAAAGCGCUUUUUGGAUGGCGAGAUUACGGUCGAGAGUCAAUUGCACAAGAUACGAACGAGUUUUCAGCAUAUCACGGACGCCAACGAGUUCACUGUCGUCGAAGGCACUGGUCACACUGGCGUUGGCUCCAUCGUUGACUGCAACAAUGCGCGGAUCGCUGCAGAAUUAGGUGUCGAUAUGGUGCUUGUAGCCAACGGCGGCCUUGGUUCGGCAUUUGACGACCUCGCGCUCAAUUAUGCAAUGUGCAAGGCCCAUGGCGUGAAGGUGCGAGGUGUCAUUUUGAACCGAGUGCGGAACGAUCGCGUGGAAAUGCUGCAGGAGUACUUUCCGAAAGCGAUGAGGCACUGGGGCGGCAACGUGCCGCUGAUUGGCAUUGUCCCGAAUUCACCGGUUCUUUCGAACCCGAGCAUGCUGGACUUUGAAGGGCUGUUUGCGACCGCGAUGCUUACUUCGCGCACGCGACGCUUCCAGCAGUACGAUAAAACGGCGCUCGUGACAGCCGGUUUGCGUCGAUUUCUAGAGAAAGUGGUGUCGCGAGAGCACGAGCGCGCGCUAUUUGUCACGCACGUAUCGCGGAACGACAUCAUCAUGGGCUUCUUGUCACAUGCACAGAAUUUCGAGCUCAUGGCGAAGAGACCUUAUGGCGGUGGACUGAUUCUCACAGGCUCGCCAUCCGAAGAUCACCACCAAAAGUACAUCAUGAGUCUCAUUAAGCACGCGCAGGCACCUGUGCUGUACGUCCCCACGACAACCUUCGAAGCAAUGGAGAAGAUUACGCAAUUCACAGCAAAAUUCAAUCCAAUGGACGAGCAAAAGGUGCGGUCUUGUGGCAAACACUACGCCAGCCACAUUGACUUUGACGCGAUUCUCGCGAGAUAG